AACAUUUCCUAUAUUUGCGGGUAUUCAGAUAUUCACUCUCACUGUAUUGUCUUUGCUCUUAGUACUACCAGUCUGUGCGGGUAUUUAAGGUUCGUGAUAUUUGCAUCACAAUUUGCAUACUUUGAAGAUAUUUUAAUCCAUAUAAAUUCACGAUUCAAAGUUUAUAGUUUAAAUGACUAAAUAAAUACUUGUUUUGAAGUAAAAUAAGGAUUUCUGCAGGCAUAAUGCGAGAAUUUGACGUUAAAAAUGGGAAUUGGUCAGCCUAUGUUGAUCGUUUACAAAUGUAUUUCAUCGCCAAUAAAAUUCAACAUCAUUUAAAAUUGCCGACACUCAUUGCAUUGAUGGGUGAGGAGGCUUACGAGUUAUUGCUUACAUUAGCUAGUCCAAAAAAACCAUCCACCAUCAGCUAUUCGGAAGCGGUUGAAUUGUUAGACACGCACUUUCGGCAGAAGCCAUGUGUUUUAUCAGAGAGAUUCAAAUUCCGAAAGAGAAGCCAAUUACCUGGUGAAAGUGUAGCAGAGUACGCAGCAGAGUUGAUGAAAUUAAGUAAAAACUGCGAUUUUGAGGCGCAUCUGGAGGAAAAUUUAAGGGAUCAAAUUGUUUUUGGUCUGCGCAGUGAUGGAAUCCGUCUGAAGCUGUUCAAGGCCGGGAACUUAGACUAUAAAAAAACUAUUGAGCUAGCGAGUGCUUUAGAAGCAGGUGAACAGAUUACUGAACCAGCAGAGGGCACUAUAGGUGAGGAGGCUUCUGCCAGUGUGAGUGUCACAUUACAAACAAUAAGUCAGCAGAUCAGUGCCGCUGAAAAAUCUAAACAAAAGCCAAAGAAACAAGCUAGUAAAAACCAACGUCAGGGGAAAGUAUGCAAGAUGCGUUUUGCUGGAAGCAGUAAUUGCAAAACUCCACUGCAAUUGACUCAAAGGCGGCGAUCUACAAGAAUUGGCCAGGCUGCAGAUAACAGAGCUAAAAAGGAACAGAAGUCACUAAACCGUAUACAGGAAAAUCGUAAGAUUCGCCCGCAAGGGAUGAAAGCAAAGAACCGGAAGAAGCCAAAAAGCCAGAAAAUAAAUCCAGCGCAAGUACCAGCCCAGCAGGAGCCAGGUGCAGCCCCAGACGCGUCUUUAAAUUCAGCUUCAGCCCAAGCACCAUCCUCACUACCAUCGGCUGUACCAAAUCCAGUUGAAGCCCUAAGCAUACCGUUGCAUCCUCUCCCAAUUGUACUUCGACCAUAUAAUCCAUUUCUCAAAAACACGAUCUUAAAACAGUUACUCGGUUACAACACCAACAAAAACAAAUGAUCCCAAAGAAAUAAAACACUCACUAGUCAAAUCACAAUAGCAACACAGCUGUCUCAAAGUUAAGACUUAAGACUCGCUCCUUCUCCUGAUGCUUCUUGUAGUUAAACCAAUGAGAAUAUAAAAGCUAUAAUGUGAUUUUACUUUUAAUUAUAAAUACAUAAGUUUGUGAUGUAGUCUUUAAGGUGUCAAGAUUUUUAGAGCGAUACGAAGGAUUUGUGUGCUUUGAGAUUUAUUAUUCGCAAAAAGAUUAUAAAAAGAAAAACGUUGCGAAUGCACAACUUUUUUGGUUACAGUCAUAUAAAAUUAAUAUGGUUGCUGGAUGGAUGUUGGGUCUAUUUGAAUCUUAUUAGCAAAUCCCACUUCAUCUGUCGCUAUAAACUUAUUUAGGUAAGAUGUUCACGCGUCAGUGACAUCCUGUUACUUAUGUUCUAGGAUAUAAAUAUUGUGUAGUUGUAAGGUUUACUCAUGUAUGAUCAACGGGGCUGGCAUGUUCCAAGAACUACCCCUAAAGUAAGAGAUAAAAAAAGUAGUUUCGGGCAUAAAAUAGUGCCUUGUGGCACGCCAAGUACGAGUCUGCAUGAAAUACAUUUUUUGAGAUAUAUUAUGUAGUUUUCGGUGAUUAAAGUGUUAUAUAAGAGAUGUUUAGAAUUACCUUCCCAUGCAGGAAGCAUUAAGGCUGUCAAAUAUGUGUUAUAUGAACAAUGAACAGAUUGUUCAACCUGAUGAAAAGCUUUUGUCCUAUUCACAAUACGACGCUAAUGUGUAACGUUUGAAUGUUAUUCUUUUCAAAGAUCAGUCAUCUAUUCAAGAUCUGUUAUAUGUAUUAAAUUAGGUACUACUUACAAUAAAUGUGGGAAUCAACAAA